GACUUACCAUUGUUAGCGUCGUUCAUGCCUGUUCAUAUGUUCCUUCUCUGUCGCUUCUAAUGUGACUAAAAAUUAUUUUGUGACAGCCCUUUCACUAAGAUCAGGCCACUUCCUUGUAUCUAACUCCUGGGUGACCGAAAAAUUCACCGAUUAUGUUAGCUGCUGGUCAGCUUAUUAGCGAAUGGCAAAAUGGCCAGGAUAUUGAGAGAUACGUCGAGUUAGGAGAUCUUUUGGAGUUCAGGAGAGUCGCAUACAUUGCUGGUGCUCCUCAUGGCAUCUACACGCACUGGGCAGUGUACAUAGGACGACAUGAUAAUGUCCCUCUAGUGGUGCAUCUGUCUGGAGAAGGGGCCGACUUCAACACUGGAGAGGGUGUCGGCAAUGGCCCGUUAGAUUCACUCGCUGGAUCAUCAUCAGGCUUAUUCAGCGGAGUCGCUGCGGAGGUACGAUGUGAUUCAAUAGCUUCUGUUGCUGGUGAUGACUUAGUUCGAGUCAACAAUGGCCAAGAUGCAGAUCAUGAUCCUUUUCCUCCUACGAUCGUUGUCGAACGGGCUACUUUACAGCUAGGAGCUGGUAACUACAAUCUAGUUCUGAAUAAUUGCGAACACUUUGUAAAAUGGUGUCGAUACGGGAACAGAAUUAGUAGUCAGGCUGUCGCCGCUAAGAGUCUUCUGUUAGGAACAGCUUUAGCUGCAGCAGGUGCUUCACCAAUGGUAGCUUUUGGAGCGGGUAUGGCGAUGUUCACUCUUGCAACGCCGGUGUCAAAGCUGAUCAGUCGUUAUUAUGGCUCUAACUUCUCAUUAUUCUGAAAGCCUUUGAGUGUGGGCAAAUACCUAGUCUGACUAAGAGAUGCGUGUAUGAACUCCUCAUUCCCUUGCCAUAUCACUUACGAAAUCCUCCGUAACUUACCACUGUUCCCAAAACAGCUUUCGUUAAAGCGUGUAAUUCUACCAUUUCUUGGCUUUACGAUUCAAAGUUUUGAUUCCUCUGUAUACAGCCUGUUCCUCUACCUUCUGUUCAGUUUUACCUAGAAACUAACUCUUCACGCCUAGCCUGCUUGUAGAUGUGGCGUCCUUCAUUUUUAGCAGGGGCUUCAAUCACCUGUGCUAUAUUUGCUAUUUACUCUGAUAUAAUUGAUGUUGUUCAAUUUACAAAACUGUGAUUGAAGUUAUAUGAGUAUUGAGUUAUAUGAUAAACAACAAGAAGAAUCC